AUGGGAAGUUGGAAGAACCACGUGCGCGCUCAACUUCUUCAGAGAGAUCACGAAGAGAAACGUCCAUUUGUUGGAGUUUUCACGAGCUUGUCUCAGCUGGAGGAACGUCUUGAAAUCCGCAAACAGAUAUUUGAGGAUAUUCAUACGAGUGUGGAGCCAGGUGGUGCAGAAGGUGGGAGUAUCGAUCUCCAACUGCAGCUGAGAGAAAGUGAACACUUGGCAGAAAAGUUGUCUCAAGCUGUCUCUGACCUUACUGCAGUCCUGUAUAUGAAAGAAGCUGAGCUGCAAUACUGGCAGUCACGUGUGUCCCAGUACCGUCAAGAGGCCCUCGCUCUGGCUAAAAGGAAUCACAACUUGAAAGCAGCCUUUUUAGAGCACGAGUUCACCAUCGAGUGUCAGUCAAAGGAGCUGGCAGCUCUGCGCUUGGAGCAGAGUGGACUCAAAGAGGGUUUGCAGCAGGCUCAUGCAGACGCAGAACGUCUCCUGCAGAGGUGGGUCGAGGAGAAGAAGGAAGGGGCAGACAGGCUGAAUAAGUACAACGACAUACAGGAACGGUGGCAACACCUGGCCAAACAGCUGAAGAAGCGCUUUCAGAGGGAGGGAAUGAAAGAAGUUGCUCCUGCGAUGAUGAGCUCUUUGAAUGGAAUCAAGCCAACAAAGGCCACUCAGACUACACAUGAUGCUCAGCCUCAGCAGAAGUCUGCCGUCCCUUUGGGGUCAUAA